AUGGCGUCUAACGCAACACGACAAUGGAUUUCGAUACCCAGUGAAUUGGUUGGUUCAAUUCCACGUCCGAAUGAAUUAAUUGAAGCUCGUAUUCGAUAUGAAAGCGAUCUAAUUACCAUAGAAGAUUUACGUAAAAUAGAAAAAAAAGCAGUGGAGCAAACAGUCAACGAAUUAGAUCAACUGACCGGAUCGAUGAUCUUGACCGAUGGUGAACAAACGAAACCUUCAUUUUUGACCUAUCCAAUUUAUGAUCUCGUUUUUGAACGAUAUACAUUUGAUAAACAAUGUUUUCAAAUAACAUUUUCCGACGGACAUGUGCGAACCCUGCCACGUCUUAUCAAAGCACCUUUCAAAUAUGCCACCUAUGCCUACAAAUAUUUGGAAGCGGCUAAACGGUUAACCAACAAACCAGUCAAACAAGCUGUUAUUACGGCAUCGGCAUUAUCCAUGGUUUAUUCACCACAUCUACUAAAAAGUGGUAACAUUGACAAUUAUUCACAUGAAAAAUUCCUCGAAGAUUUAACCAACGAAUGCGAAAGGGAUAUUCGACGAUGUCUCGAACAUGGAGCACAUGUUGUUCAGCUUGAUUUUACAGAAGCUCGCUUGUCACUUAAAGUUGAUCCAAGUGGCCGAUUACUCAAAGAUUUUAUUGCUAUAAAUAAUCGAGUUCUAGAUCGAUUCAAUGCUAAUGAACAGAAGAAAAUUGGAGUACAUCAUUCCUCCGAUAUUGAUUAUACUCUCAUGUUGCCUGAUUUAUUUCAAUUAAAUUUAACCAAUUUUUAUCUUCAACUUUCAUCUGAAAAAAAUCGUAUUAAAGUAUUAAAAUGUAUUCAGAAGCAUAUGAAACCGAAUCAUCGUAUUUUCGUCGGUGUUACUGAUCCCAUCAAUCCGACAAUUGAAACGGCUGAAAUGGUCCAAGAUCAAGUAUUAGAAGCAGCAAAAUUCAUUCCCAUUGAACAACUUGGCACGACUGAUGAUUGUGGCUUCAGCCCAUUUGCCGAUGAUACAUCCACACCGAGAGAAGUGUGUUAUGAGAAAAUCAAAGCAAGAAUUCAAGGAACCAAAAUGGCUGAACAAAUCUUAAAUAUGAAAUCUUAA